CAUUCAUCAUACAGUUUAUAUUAGGGUUUUCAAUCUCUACCAGUGUCACUACCGACGACAUUGCAGUUCCAUUGCAGCUUCGGUGCCGCCGUCAUCUCUCUUUCCAGAUUCACUUCGCUUCCGCCCUCUUCAAUCAUCAUCUCUCUCUCUUUUACAAUUCGAUCGCGAUUUUCUUUACAAGAAGGGAAGAUCCUGAGCUCCCUAUAUUAAUAUGUCGACUUCGACUUUUGGAUGCCAGUCUUUGAGAUUUUCCCCCAGGGGACGCCUCUUCGCAUCAAAGAACUCUGUUUCCAGGAAGUACAGAUGUAAUGCUACGUUUGCUUCAAUGAGCGAAUCGGGAAAAGACCUUUCACUUCAAAUGAAGGUUGAGACACUGUUAGAUAGCAUAAAAUGGGAUGACAAAGGUCUGGCGGUAGCUAUAGCUCAAAAUGUUGACACGGGGGCUAUACUAAUGCAAGGAUUUGUGAAUAAGGAGGCUAUUGCUACAACUGUUUCCCAACGUAAGGCUACAUUCUAUAGCCGAUCCCGAUCACAGCUGUGGACAAAGGGAGAAACCUCUAAUAACUUCAUAAACAUUCACGACAUAUUCCUCGAUUGUGAUCGUGAUUCUAUAAUUUAUCUCGGGAAGCCUGUUGGGCCUACUUGUCAUACCGGAGCUGAGACAUGCUAUUAUACAUCACUUGAUGAUUCGAUAAAUCAACAGGAUGCAAAAGAUAAACUGGCCUUGUCCACUCUGUACUCGUUAGAAUCUACAAUUUCCGAACGCAAAGCAGAAAUAGAAGUGCCACAAAAUGGCAAACCCUCAUGGACAAAACGCCUAUUACUCGACAACAACUUGCUCUGCUCAAAGAUAAGGGAAGAAGCAGACGAGUUGUGUCGAACAUUGGAAGAGAACGAGGAUAAGUCUCGCGCUGCCUCGGAAAUGGCAGAUGUUCUGUAUCAUGCCAUGGUUCUCCUUGCAGUUAAAGGGGUAGAGAUGGAGGACGUCCUUCAAAUUCUUCGCCAGAGAUUUUCUCAGUCAGGCAUCGAGGAGAAGAAAAGUCGGGUACCGAAAAGUUAAUUAAUCUGCUAUUACGAGUACGUAUCAUUGUAUGAAUCAGCUAUUGAGAUUAUCACAUGUAUCGAUCGGCUUCAAUUAUUGAGAGUAUUUGGAUAUCAAGCGGCUUAAAAGCUGCCAUAAUUUUUGGUUCUUGUAUUGUUUGACAACUCUUUGUGAAGGCAACUACCUGGUUUUUCAUUUUUCUUAUACAGCAGCUGUUGUUCUUUUCAGA